CACAUCUUGUCACGAUCAGAAGAAUCCGUUACAGGUGGCACGAUUUUUCCGGGCCUCGAACGAAAGGCUCGACGGCCCACCAAAUCAUGGUCCAUUUCGAGGUUUUACAUGGCGUGUAUGAAGCCAACUCAGUUGUCGGGGGCGGGGAUUCUGGGGUUUUCAGGUGAGCUACAGCACACAACUGUAACUAGGCCUGAGGCUGACCACCUGCGCGACCCGCUGCCUCUACAACUGGAAGCAGCCGUGACUUUGCAUUGCCUCAUAUCGGAACACGCCAUGAUGACUACUGAAACCGUUAGGCAGUCUGGGUCUCGCGAAAUGAUGUGGAGACUGACAUGA